AGAGAAAAAGAAACCUUCGCAAGGGUUCCCUUCUCUCGCUCUGUCUUCUCUUCGAUUUCCAGCCUAACCUCUCCCUCGUCUCUCCACAUUUCUGUUCCAAGACUAGGUUUCGAUGGCGUUGGCAGGACGCUUGAGAUCGAGCCUCUCUCUCGCGCAAAGGAUUCUUAGAGCUGAGCCCGUUUCGGCGCAGAGAGCCGCUCCUAGUUUUGCAACUUCAGAGUUUCUGAGGAAUUAUGCGACUGCAUCACAGCCAAAGGAAUCAAAGACAAAGGUGCCUCUUGCUAUGUUUGGAGUUUCCGGAAACUAUGCGUCUGCCUUGUACCUCUCAGCAGUAAAAGCUAAUUCAUUGGACAAGGUUGAGUCUGAGAUUCUUGACCUUGUGGAAGCUUCCAAGAAAAGUCCUACGUUUUCUCAGUUCAUAAAGGAUUUAUCAGUGCCUGCAGAGACAAGAGUAAAGGCAAUAAAUGAAAUUUGUGCUGAAGCUAAAGUUUCAGAUAUCACAAAAAAUUUUCUGGCUGUUUUGGCUGAGAAUGGAAGGUUAAAGCACAUCGAGAAUAUUGCAAAGAGAUUUGUGGAAUUGACCAUGGCACAUAGAAAAGAAGUGAGAGCCAUUGUGACGACUGUCAUUCCCCUUCCCCCGCAAGAGGAGAAAGAACUGAAGGAGACACUGCAGGAUAUUAUUGGGCAGGGGAAGACAGUGAAGCUGGAACAGAAGAUUGAUCCUAGCAUUCUUGGUGGACUGGUCGUGGAAUUUGGUCAAAAGGUUUUCGACAUGUCGAUAAAGACCAGGGCAAGGCAGAUGGAGCGGUUCCUACGGGAACCUAUCAACUUCGACAGCCUCUGAAACCCUCAUUUGUUAUGCUGAUGCAACCAGGAGUUUUUCAGUUUCUCUUGUUUUUAGGCCCGAAUUGAUCAUCUCCUUCCUUUCUUGGAGGUGGGCUCUCCAUUUCUUUAAAAAUAAAAGCUACAAAAAGGGGCUAUUAAUAUUGUGUCAUUUCCGUAUGGGGGACAAGUCCUACUGAACCUUUUCUUUUACUCCAGAUUUUUUAGAAAAUUUGUUUGAUGGAUUAUUUUGCGUUCAUCGGUUCAGCCAAAGAACGGGUGCAUAUCUAUCCUUCUUUUGGGAGGGAGACAUUGUUUGUAGUGGUAAAAUCUUGAGCUGACAAGUGUGUGUGGGACAAUGCUGAUUUGUGUCCGCUGACAGUUGAUAGAAAUAAAGAGAAAACGAAGGUUAGGCACCAA